AUGGCAUCAGCUGUAUUCAUUUUAAAUUUAAAAGGGAAACCCAUCAUAUCUAGGGAUUAUCGCGCCGAUGUUCCUUUGUCAGCUGUUGAGAAGUUUAUACCAUUAAUAACGGAAGUGGAAGAAGAAAAUGGAUGUGUAACGCCCUGCUUAACUCAUGAAGGAAUUAAUUAUAUUUAUGUUCAACAUAACGAUGUUUACCUCUUAGCUUUAUCUAAAAGGAAUACGGAUGCAAUGGAGAUGCUUGUGUUUCUCAGAAAAUUGGCAGAUCUGUUUAUAGAUUACUUUAAAGAACUCCAAGAAGAAUCUAUUCGGGACAAUUUUGUGCUGGUAUAUGAACUGCUAGACGAAGUGAUGGAUUUUGGAUUUCCGCAAACCACCGAAACCAAAAUCCUUCAAGAAUAUAUAACACAGACUUCUAAUACCUCUCAAACACAAGUAGCACCGCCAAUUGCGAUGACAAAUGCUAUUUCUUGGCGUUCAGAAGGGAUUCAUUACCGUAAAAAUGAGGUAUUUUUGGACGUUAUUGAAUCCGUCAAUUUGAUCGCUGCACCUGAUGGUACUAUCAUCCAGAGUGAUAUCCUCGGAAAGGUUCAUUUGAAGUGUUUCUUGUCAGGAAUGCCUGAACUUCGCCUGGGUCUUAAUGAUAAAGUGCUUUUUGAAGCAGCUGGUCGUACCAUCAAAGGAAAUGCAGUUGAGAUGGAGGACGUAAAAUUCCAUCAAUGUGUUCGUUUAGCAAGGUUCGAGAAUGAUCGAACUAUUUCUUUUAUUCCUCCUGACGGCGAAUUUGAUCUCAUGUCUUAUCGUCUUAGCUCAAACUCGCGACCUCUCAUUUGGGUUGAGUGUGACUCAGUCGUUCAUUCAGGUUCUCGUGUGGAAUUUAUGGUAAAAGCAAAAGCUCAGUUCAAGAAGAGGUGUAUCGCAAACAAUGUCAAAAUUAUUAUACCCGUUCCAGAAGACGCGGAUAGUCCUCGAUUUCAGUCGAGCAAUGGUCAUGUACAGUACGCUCCAGAACAAGCAGCGAUGAUUUGGAACAUUAAAAAGUUUUCUGGGGGAAAGGAGUGUUUAAUGCGAGCAGAAAUGGGGUUACCAAGCGUCCGUGGAGAAGAAACAGCCAAACGUACAAAACGACCUGUUCAAAUGAGCUUCGCGAUUCCAUAUUUUACCACUUCUGGAAUUCAAGUACGAUACUUAAAAAUUACUGAGCCUAAAUUGAAUUAUCAUGCUAUGCCGUGGGUUAGAUAUGUUACGCAGAAUGGCAAAGAAUAUGCCAUUCGCCAGUAA